AAAAAAAAAAUUAUUGAUAAAAAUAUGUUCGUACUUUACAUUUUUGGAUUGUAUUGCCUUUUUGUGGUACAGAUAGCAGCUGAUUCUCCAGACCCAGUAUGUUCAGAUGGCCUUCAAUCGUACACACCAGGACAGGUAUUUACAGACAGAGCAGGACAAAAAUGUAAAUGUGGAUACGACUUCAAAAUAACCUGCGAAGAACUAAACAAAGGAUGCGUGUACUUAGGGAAGCAAUACAGGAAUGGAAUGAUAUUUCCGGCUGAAGAUGGUUGCAAUACCUGUCGGUGUAAAUUAACAGGGCAGAUACUGUGCUCAAGAAAAGAGUGUUAUCAAAGAACAACAUGUCAGCAUUUAGGGGUCCUGUACAGAGCGGGGAAGACGUUUAAGAAGGGGGAUAGCUGUAAUUCGUGCACCUGUUUGGUGUCGGGAAAAGUCCAGUGCACAGACAACAAGUGCUUCCCAGAUUGUCGAUACGGAGGCAAAACUUACAAAGCUGGUGCUAUAUUUCAAAAGGGGGAUAACUGCAACAGAUGUACCUGCAUGGUGACUGGUUCAGUUCUAUGUACAACAGAUUCCUGUGCACCAAAAUGCGUUCACAAGGGCAAGCAGUACGAAGCUGGGUCUAGUUUUCGCAAAGGCGAUGGUUGUAAUGACUGCAGGUGUCUCGAUGGAGGAGUCGUGCAAUGUACAAACAGAAAAUGUUACCCAGACUGUGUUUAUCACGGAGAAGGUUUCAUGAGAGGGGAAAUGUUUGACAAGGGUGACCACUGCAAUAUGUGUAAAUGUAUGGCUGAUGGAACUGUGCAGUGCUCAACCAAAUCAUGUUUUAAAGAUUGUCAUCAUAAUGGGGUUGUUUACAAGGCUGGUCAAAGCUUCAAGGUAGACAAAUGUAACACAUGUUGGUGUAUGGUCACUGGAAAACUUAGCUGUACAAAGUUGCCAUGUUAUCCAGACUGUACAUAUUUGGGAAAAUCCCACAAAUCCGGUGAUAUUUUUCCCAAGGGAGACGACUGCAAUACAUGUACCUGUACCGUAACCGGUGACGUCACGUGUGGGAAAAAGUCCUGUCAACCUGUGUAUGUUGCACCUCAGUAUUUACCGACAAUUAAAGCUGUUUCAGUAAAAUGUUUAUAUAACAACAUGCAUUACAAUAUUGGAGAGCAAUCGACAUCACUAGACGGUUGUAAUUUAUGUACCUGUCAAUCAAAUGGCGAAAUGAGUUGUACUGUCAAUAAAUGUAACAACGAUGACAAGUAAUGCGAGCGUGAUGUCUGGUAGAAGAGAAUUCCAAUACCAUCCUCAUUUCACAUUUGUUUAUAAUUUAUUUUCAUCUAGUUCAUUUUUUGAAUGCACAUACUACUUAAACGUUUAACUAUCAAAUAAAAAUAUAAAAUGUGUGUGGA